AUGUCUGUUCAAACAAGCUCCUCAACCGGUCGCCAAGUCAGAGCGUCGGUAUUGCAUGGCGCGAAAGACCUGAGAAUUGAGAGCCGCAGUCUCCCAUCUCCACUCCCCACAGAACUCCAAGUCUCCGUCCGCGCAACCGGCCUCUGCGGCUCAGACCUACACUACUACAACCACUACCGCAACGGCGACAUCAUCGUGCGAGAGCCGCUAUCCCUCGGCCACGAAUCCGCAGGCGUAGUCGUAGCGGUAGGCAAAGACGUUACCGGCUUCACCGUCGGCGAUAAGGUCGCCUUGGAAGUGGGACAGCCAUGCGGCAACUGCCAGCGGUGCGGAGAGGGCAGGUACAAUAUCUGCAAGCAGAUGCGUUUCAGGAGUUCUGCAAAGAGCUUUCCGCAUGCGCAGGGGACGCUGCAGGAGAGGAUUAAUCAUCCGGCAGCAUGGUGUCAUAAGCUUCCGGAGAACGUGUCACUCGAUCUCGGCGCGAUUCUAGAACCCCUCGGCGUAGCGAUCCACGCAUCGCGGAGAGCCCAGCUGCCCAGCGGAAGCACGACUUUGGUCUUCGGUGCAGGCGCUGUAGGCCUUCUGUGCGCGGCAAUGGCAAAGAUAUCCGGCUCCACCACGGUUGUGAUAGCAGAUAUCGAUGCAGGUCGAGUUAACUUUGCUGUGGAGAACGGGUUUGCGCAUCGAGGAUUCACAGUACCGAUGAAGCGAGGCAAGACGAUUGAAGAGAGCUUUGAGAUUGCGCGAGAAACCGCAGCCUCGAUCGGCGAGGUCGAGAAGAGCAGUGGCGAGCCGGUGGGAGAGGUUGAUGCCGUGUUUGAGUGCACGGGGGUUCCGUCCUGUCUGCAGGCUGCCAUAUAUGCAACACGGCCAGGCGGCAGAGUCAUGCUGAUUGGCAUGGGGACACCGGUUCAGACACUACCGAUCUCCGCAGCAGCACUCCGAGAGGUAGACCUCGUGGGCGUUUUCCGAUAUGCGAACACGUACCCUACGGGCAUUGAGGUUGUAUCGAAGAAGGCGCCUGACUAUCCGGACUUCUCCAAGCUGGUCACGCACAGGUACAAGGGCCUUGAGUCGGCAGUCAAGGCCUUUGAGAUGGCUGGCAAGACGAAGGACGACUCUGGGAAAUUGGUUCUGAAGGUUGUGAUUGAGACGGUCGAUGAGGACAAGGCGCACUUGUAG